ACAGGAGAGGAAGAGGAGAGGUUAGAUUCAAAGACUGUAAGGUGGCCAUGACGAGCGAGGAGGAGGAGGGCCCCGGCGUUGCAACAUCGACAACAGCAACACCAUCUGCACCGACCAGCUCCAGAGUGACGACCGCCAUAGCCCGGGGCGACAGCGAUGAUGCUGUCGCCACCUCGUCUCCCCGCAGGCCCUCCCCACACCGCCGCCCAUGUCCCGAGAAAAAGGAGGAGAAAGAGGAGAACAUAGAAGAGGCAGGGAUUAUUCAGGAGGAGAGGAUCGAGAAGGAAGAAGAGGAGGAAGUGGUUGAGCGUAAGGGGGAUAAAGAAGAUGACGAUGACGAGGAUGACGACGAUGAUGAUGGCAGCAGUGACACCAGUGUGUUAGUGGUACCCUACCCUGAGCUGGUACCUGUGGUCUUCUUCUGCCUUAAGCAGACAACCUUUCCCCGCAGCUGGUGCAUCCGCAUGGUCACCAGCCCAUGGUUCGAACGUGUGAGUAUGAUGGUGAUCCUGUUGAACUGCGUUACCCUGGGAAUGUACCAGCCCUGUGAGAACAUCGACUGCUCCUCAGACCGAUGCCAGAUACUACAGGCCUUCGAUGCGUUCAUCUACAUCUUCUUUGCUAUGGAGAUGGUUGUAAAAAUGAUCGCUCUGGGGAUCUUUGGUCGACGCUGUUACCUCGGGGACACGUGGAACAGGCUGGAUUUCUUCAUCGUCAUGGCAGGGAUGGUCGAGUACUCUCUGGACCUGCAGAACAUCAACUUCACGGCCAUCCGAACAGUGAGGGUGCUGCGGCCGCUCAAAGCAAUUAACAGGGUGCCAAGCAUGCGCAUCCUGGUGAACCUGCUGCUCGACACGCUGCCCAUGCUGGGUAACGUCCUUCUCCUCUGCUUUUUUGUCUUCUUCAUCUUCGGCAUCAUAGGAGUGCAGCUGUGGGCGGGGCUGCUGAGAAACCGCUGCUACCCCGAGGAGAACUUCACACUUAGUGGAAUCAGUCUCCCUCGGCCUUACUACAUGGCUGAUGAGGAUGACGAGCGUCCUUUUAUCUGCUCCCUUCCUGUUGACAAUGGCAUCAUGUCUUGCUCCGAUGUGCCGGCCCGCCGAGAAGGAGGCAAGACAUGCUGCCUGGACAAAGAUGACAUCCUGUAUCGCCAGUCUAUCGGUCUCAGCCCCGAGCCCCUGGCCAACGGCAGCGUCAGUGUAGCAGGGCUCUGUGUGAACUGGAACCAGUACUACACCAGGUGUCAUACUGGGUACAGCAACCCCCACAAAGGAGCCAUCAACUUUGACAACAUUGCCUUUGCCUGGAUUGUCAUCUUUCAGGUGAUCACUCUGGAGGGCUGGGUGGAGAUCAUGUACUACGUGAUGGAUGCUCAUUCAUUCUAUAACUUUAUCUACUUCAUCCUGCUUAUAAUUGUCGGUUCCUUCUUCAUGAUCAACCUGUGCCUCGUGGUGAUUGCCACCCAGUUCUCAGAGACCAAGCAGCGGGAGCAUCAGCUGAUGCAGGAGCAGCGAGCUCAGUGUUCAUCCUCCUCCACCCUGGCCAGUGAACCUGGGGACUGCUACGAAGAGCUCUUCCAGCUGGUCUGCCAUUUCCUCCGGAAGGCGAGGAGGCAAACUGUUGCCCUUUUUAACACCCUCCGGGGGAAACCUCGUGGCUUUCAUGGUGUUGGAAGAGGAAGAGGAGGCGGGGAAGGAAGGGAGAGGAAGGCCAAUGGACGUGAAGGACGUGACAGAAGAGCUGGGUUAAGACAUGGCCCUCCAUGUCCCCAUCACAACAAACCAGGCCAUGCCUCAUCCGCUGAGCCUGUGGCCCUCACUGCUGCCUCCGCCACAGACGGCUGCCCCCAGUGCGCGGCAGCGCUGACGCUCUCUGACGGGGUGGGACCAGUUCGCAAUGCAGCGAGUGACGAAACAGAAGAGGGAACUGUGGAGGAAUCAGAUAGGGAUGGUGUACAGUCCGGUACUAAAGGGAAGGACAAACAAGGCCAUGAAGGUGCAGAGUCCUGUUGUAGUCCGAAGAAGGGAUGCAAGGAGCUGUGGUACGAGAUCAGGAUGAAACUGUGGGGCAUCGUGGAGAGCAAGUACUUUAACCGAGGCAUCAUGAUCGCCAUUUUGAUCAACACCAUCAGCAUGGGCAUUGAGCACCACGAGCAGCCAGAGGAGCUCACCAAUGUUCUGGAGAUCUGCAACAUCGUCUUUACAAGCAUGUUCUCCUUGGAGAUGAUCCUCAAGCUCACAGCUUUUGGUUCUUUCAACUACCUGAGAAACCCUUACAACGUCUUUGAUGGGAUCAUUGUCAUCAUAAGUGUAUGUGAGAUUAUCGGCCAGUCGGACGGUGGUUUGUCUGUUUUGAGGACCUUCAGGCUGCUGAGGGUGCUGAAACUGGUGAGGUUCAUGCCAGCUCUCAGGAGACAGCUGGUGGUCCUGAUGAAGACCAUGGACAACGUGGCCACCUUCUGCAUGUUACUAAUGCUCUUCAUCUUCAUCUUUAGUAUCCUUGGGAUGCACAUUUUUGGAUGCAAAUUCAGUCUUAAGACGGAGACUGGAGACACAGUACCAGACAGGAAGAACUUUGAUUCCUUGCUGUGGGCCAUUGUCACUGUUUUUCAGAUUCUGACCCAGGAGGACUGGAACGCAGUUUUGUACAAUGGUAUGGCAGCGACCUCACCGCUUGCUGCUCUGUACUUUGUGGCCCUCAUGACAUUUGGAAACUACGUCCUCUUCAACCUGCUGGUCGCCAUCCUGGUUGAAGGCUUUCAGGCGGAGGGCGAUGCAAAUCGUUCAUAUUCAGAUGACGAUCACUCCUCCUCCAACUUUGACGAGAGUGAAAAACGCGACUCCAUCAAGUUGUCUGACCCGAGAAUCUGCACCCUGACACCAAACGGCCACCUGGAGCUGGGUGCCCUGUCAGCACCCAGGGGAUCCUACUCCUCCUCGGAGAGGCGGAGCUUCACCAUGGAGUCUAGAAAGAGCAGCGUUAUGAGCCUGGGCAAGAGCAGCCUGGAGAGACGCUCCCUCUCCCUGCGCCACGGUCGCAGUUCCAACUACCACAACUGGGGGCGUCCGUUCCCUCUGCAGUCUGGAUGGAGUCGCAGGUCUAGCUCAAACAGCCUAGGUCGAAGGAGCUAUGGGUUCAGCGGAUUACCUCCAGUGGGAGGGAGCCUCCGCUUGCACAGCACCCGCUCGCCCCACUCCUACACCUAUGCACCAGAGCAGGAGUCCCUUCUUUCCCACCCAGCCCACUCCCAUCAUCCUCUGCCCCCUCAUCAUCCACCUCCACCCCCAUUUUUCCUCUCCAGGCAUUUUGCCGCAAGGAGAGAUCGGCGGGCUCUUUCCCUCGAACUCCCUGAAUUGUUUCGGGGAGUGGGACAGCCACCAGGCCUUCCUCCCAUCCACCCAGACGCUGGCAAAAGGAGUGGGUCUGGAGCAGGGGGCUCCAUUACAGGAGGGUCUGUGGCCGGCAGUGGUUUAGGAGUGGAUCACCGGGACUGUAAUGGCAAGGCACCAGGUCCCCACACUCAGCUUAUGGUUGAGGUUUUCCCUCAAGUCAAUGCACGCAAGGACAGAACAGACCUUGAUGAAGAAACAGACUAUAGUUUGUGCUUCCGUAUCCAGAAGAUGAUGGAGGUGUAUAAGCCAGACUGGUGUGAAACCAGAGAGGAGUGGUCAGUCUACAUGUUCUCCCCUCAGAAUAAGUUCAGACUGCUCUGCCAAUCUAUUAUUGCCCAUAAACUCUUUGACUACGUGGUGCUGGCCUUCAUAUUCCUCAAUUGCAUCACCGUGGCUCUGGAGAGGCCAAAGAUUCUUCAAGGUAGCCUGGAAAGACUGUUUCUUACCAUUUCCAACUACAUAUUUACUGCCAUCUUUGUUGGGGAGAUGACUCUCAAGGUGGUGUCCAUGGGUCUGUAUUUGGGGGAAACUGCCUAUCUGAGAAGCAGCUGGAACAUUCUAGAUGGUUUCUUGGUCUUCGUGUCUCUGAUUGACAUCGUAGUGUCCAUGGCGGGUGGGGCUAAGAUCCUCGGGGUUCUCCGUGUGCUCAGGUUGCUCAGGACACUCCGUCCUCUCAGGGUGAUCAGCAGAGCUCCAGGACUGAAGCUGGUGGUCGAGACCCUAAUCACGUCCCUCAAGCCCAUCGGCAACAUUGUCCUCAUCUGCUGUGCCUUUUUCAUCAUCUUUGGCAUCCUUGGUGUUCAGCUUUUCAAAGGAAAGUUCUACUACUGUGUGGGUCUCGAUGUGAAGAAUAUCACCAAUAAAUCUGACUGCCUGGCUGCCAACUAUCGAUGGGUUCACCACAAAUACAACUUUGACAACCUUGGACAGGCUCUUAUGUCCCUGUUUGUGCUGGCGUCAAAAGAUGGCUGGGUCAACAUCAUGUACCAUGGACUAGAUGCAGUGGGAAUUGACCAGCAGCCGGUGACCAACAACAACCCGUGGAUGCUGCUCUACUUCAUCUCCUUUUUGCUGAUUGUCAGCUUCUUCGUCCUUAACAUGUUUGUGGGCGUGGUAGUGGAGAACUUCCACAAAUGUCGGCAGCACCAGGAGGUGGAGGAGGCCAGAAGACGCGAGGAGAAACGCCAGCGUCGCAUGGAGAAGAAGAGGAGAAAGGCACAGAAGCUGCCCUACUAUGCAUCCUAUGGUCGUACACGCCUGGCUAUCCAUGCUCUGUGUACCAGCCACUACCUGGACCUGGUCAUCACCUUCAUUAUCUGCAUUAAUGUCAUCACCAUGUCUCUGGAGCACUACGACCAACCACAGUCUCUGGAGACUGCAUUAAAGUACUGCAACUACUUCUUCACGUCCACGUUCGUGAUCGAGGCCUCUCUCAAACUGGUAGCUUUUGGCUUUCGACGCUUCUUCAAGGACAGGUGGAACCAGUUGGAUUUGGCCAUUGUGCUGUUGUCAGUGAUGGGCAUCACCCUGGAAGAGAUUGAGAUCAAUGCCUCGCUCCCCAUCAACCCCACCAUCAUCAGGAUCAUGAGGGUGCUCAGGAUAGCGCGAGUGUUGAAGUUGCUGAAAAUGGCAACAGGGAUGAGAGCUCUUCUUGACACAGUGGUCCAAGCUCUGCCUCAGGUGGGGAACUUGGGCCUACUCUUCAUGUUACUGUUUUUCAUCUAUGCUGCUCUGGGGGUGGAGCUGUUUGGAGAACUAGUGUGUAAUGCUGACUACCCCUGCGAAGGAAUGAGCCGCCAUGCUACCUUUGAAAACUUUGGAAUGGCCUUCCUUACGCUCUUCCAGGUUUCAACUGGUGACAACUGGAAUGGCAUCAUGAAGGACACCCUGAGAGAGUGCCCGCCCGAUCAUCCAGGAACCGACUACGGCUGUCACGCCGGACUGCAGUUCAUCUCCCCGAUGUAUUUCGUGUCCUUCGUGCUCACAGCUCAGUUCGUCCUGAUAAACGUGGUGGUUGCCGUGCUCAUGAAACAUCUGGACGAUUCCAACAAGGAGGCGCAGGAGGAUGCCGAGAUGGAUGCAGAGAUUGAAUUGGAGCUGGCCCAGGGAGGCCUGUGCUGCAUGAUGGGAGGCAUCGGAGCCAUCGCUGGGGCCACCGUUGCCACUGCGAGCGGGGCGGGCGUAGGCGGCGGAGUGUCUGGCGCAAUUACAGCGGGAACAGUCGGGGGCCCAAGUAGCGGAUUGAUGGCACCACUUCGAGAUGGAGGAGGAGGGAGCGCUGCUCAUGAGGGACACACUCACCCUCGAUGUCGCCUCUACUCCCCUGCACAGGAGAGCCAGUGGCUGGACAGCGUCUCUCUGCUGAUUAAGGACUCGUUAGAAGGAGACCUGAUCGACAAUCUCUCCGGUUCAGUUUUUCACCACUACGGCUCUCCUCCUAUCUGCAAGGACUGCAAGAGUCACCCUCAAGAGGUCCGAUUGGCAGAGGUGGAGCAGGCAUCGCUGAUGUCAGAGCAGCUGUCCGACAAGUCGUCAUCUCCAGCUCUGCCUGAUGACCUGAGUUUGGAUGAAAACAGCAGCUACCAGCUGCUGGUCAGAGACAGCCAGAGGGGCAGCAGUGACUCCCGCAGUUCGGAAGAGUUGCCCAGACAGGCGGGUUACAGAGGGCUUCGUCCCUCCAGCUCAGGAAGCGAGGAGGGUGUCCAGGGGCUGUUUGAAGUGGGCAUCCAUCAUCAGUGCAAUCCUGCCUCACUGGAGCAGAAAAGCCCUGCACAUGACAAAGAUGAUGAUGGAGAAAGCUGCAGUGGAGGCGCUCGUGAAACUUCACCAGUGUUGCAUCUACCUGCAGAUUUCUUCCACCCAGCUGCUGCAGCUCGUCCUGGAAACAGCGCAAGCCCAGGAGACAGACGGCCUUCCAGGUCAGCCUCCCCAGCCUCCUGGGCGUCCCUCCGCUCACCCAGAGCCAACAGCAGGCCGUUGGGCUCCCAGCACCCAUCCCACAGUGACUCCUCCUUGGCCACAGGCAGUUCAGAGGGCAGCCUGCAGGCAACACUGGAAGAAGGGCUGAGCUUCAACGUCUCCUCACCUCGAUAUCUGGAUCUCCCCACACCCCACCUCUGCCCUGUCUCCAGCCACCCCUCGCAACGCCAGACACCGACUACAGGAGACCAGGGCCGGUCUUUAUUAAAGAGACACAGUACUCCUUUGACCCUCCAAGCCACCCGGAGGCACCAGAGGAGCCAGAGCAGCAGCGGAGGCGGCAGCACCAGCCCCGGCUGCCCCCAGCAGGACUCCAUGGACCCGUCAGAUGAGGAUGUUGGCACGGGGACAAACCGGGAUGACUGCCGUCAAACCUUCAGCAGCGAGCACCUGUCAGAGACACUGAACAGUCUCUCCCUUACGUCGCUGUUUACCCCGGACUCUUUGGCACCCCCGCUGGUGAAGAAAUGCAACAGCACAGGGUCUCUGGACCAAACGAAUCUGUCUGCCCGGAGUAAAGACGGCCACCACUUUCAUGGCAUAGACGUCCAUGGUUUCUUAUCCAACCCCUUGACAGAGCGAAUGGCGAGAGGUGAAGAGCAAGACAUCACAGGUCUCGGCAUGAAAAGCAGGCGUCAGACCGCAGACACAUGCUCCAGGAAAAACAGAUGAAACACU